GGCUCAGCGAGCACCACUGUUGGAAGCUGCCAGCAAGCAUCAUCCACCUUUGCAACUGACCACUUCAAAGGCACUGAGGUGAAGUCAGGUGAGCUUCCGUUUCCCCAACAGGCAUCCAAGUGAGACACCAUGAAGUCGACAUGCCUGUUCUUCCUGACUUCCUUCCUGAUCUGCAACUUGAUGAUGGCGUGCAGAGCACAGAGCAUCUCUGCCGAGGAGGACCCGGACCCGAGGACCAUGGACGACCUCCUCCUACACAGAGCUGAGAGCCUCCUGCUGCGUUCCAUCCUGAGAAAGAUGCAAGCAGAAGACGACAAUAACGGUGGUCUCUCCUCUCAGCCAGCGUGGCUCACAAAGCGGCAACAUCCGGGCAAGAGGUACAGCGAGGAUGUGGACGAAGAGGCUGACGUUGGUGAUGAAGAGUAUUCGGAUGUUGAAAGGAGACAGCACCCCGGAAAGCGCUUCACGACUCAUGGCCGCCUUUCGGACGCUCCCGUGAUAGUCGUCCAAGGUGAACUUUCCAAACGGCAGCACCCGGGCAAGCGCUACGUGGUGAUCCCGAGGAGCCGGCGGCAGCAUCCCGGCAAGCGGCAGCCGGACGAGGAGGAUGACGACGCCGAGGAGGAGGUUCACCUCCCGGAGUUGCACAGGCGCCAGCAUCCCGGCAAACGCUUUUUGGAUCAUCCAGGAUUGGCCACGAUCAGUCCUUGUGAAGACCUCUCGGACUCUGUGAGAUGUGCCAAGGCCAACCUGUUGCUCGACUUUUUAGACGACAUCAGCGAUAUGAAACAUGCCGAGGAGAAGAGACAACACCCAGGCAAAAGGUUUGCUCCCGAGGAUGGACAGUAGAUUCGUUAUAGUUCCAUAUGCUGUAUUGUCAAUUAAACAUUGUGUAGACCUACAAACUAACAAUUAAAAUGUACUAAAAAUCUACCACUUUUCUUCUUCUGGUUGUUUUUGACGUACACAUUGAAUGUAUUUAUUUAAUGUACUGUAGUCAUCAUGUUGCGUAAUUGUACGAACUAUAAAUUGAGGAGCCAGUGGUGGAUGCGUGAUUAUUCGUUUGGUGUUGCUGCCACCAUCAAUUAAAUGGACAGCAAAUAUUAGCACUGUGCCAACGUAAUUGGUCCAAAUUGACGAUAGUGACCACAUUGAAAUUUAUGCCAAGGACAAGCCUUUGCUAAUCGUUAUUGAUUUUCUGUCACGUGAGUAAUAUGAAAUAUAACGCAAAUAUAAUUUGUCCGAGUUUAUUUGACCUGCAAUGUCCACGUAUGCGUGUUUUAAGUUGAAUUCGAUAUUUACCAAUGUUCUGUUAAAACAAUAAACACGUUGAAUGCA